CACGAAAUUGGAUUGAUUGAUUUAAGUACGUCGAUAGAUUAUGCUUUGAUUACGUCGAAGCAGAAAAACUUGACUUUUAUUGGUUACUCGAUGGGAGCACCAGAAUUACUCGUCCUUUUGUCAGAAUCUCCAGAGUAUAAUCAAAAAGUAAAAUUAGCUGUGCUUCUUGCGCCUAUUGUCAUUUGGAAGCACAAACUGCAGCCUAUAAUGAAAAUGUACAACCAUCUGCGCAAAUUCAUUCAUAAAAUGGUUACGGAACAAAAUUAUUACGAGUGGCUGCCGCAAUCUAGCUUUGCUGGUGAAUUUGCUAAAAACCAUUGCAAGAACAACAUGUAUCCUGAACUAUCGCUGUGCAGCAAUCUGCUGAGAAUAGUAGCUGACAUAACAACAUUUAACACAAGCGCCAUUCCGACGAUAUUCGCACACUUUCCUGCCGGUAUCUCAUACCAGUCAGUGGAGCACUACUGGCAGAACAUCGACACCAGAGAGUUUCAGGCGUAUAAUUAUGGGACGCGCAUCAAUCAAAAUCUGUACUUCAGCUCUAAUCCACCGGUAUACGAUUUGUCUCAAGUUACGGCACCUGUAGCCUUGUUUUUUGGGCAUAAGGACUUUUUUGCUACCAGCAAGGAUGUGGAAAUUUUACGCCAACGUUUGCCAAAUGUUGUUCUAUUCAAAGAAGUGCUGUAUAAAAAAUUUAAUCACCUGGAUUUUUUAUGGUCUCAGUAUGUAAAAACGUUAUUGUACGACGACGUGAUAUCAUUAGCAAAUGAGUAUGCACUGUUAAAUACUUUCCAAGUAAACAAAGUAUUGCCGCAGAGUCCCUUAGCUGCAGCGUUUGGGGCUAAAUUUUGCAAAGACGGAGAUGCUCUUCAAAACUUAUGUACUUCGUUGAUUUCUACAAUUGGACUAGACCCACUCCGACUGAAUCGAACGGCUAUACCCAACAUUUUAGCACAUUUUCCAGCUGGAACCUCUGUAAUUACUGUCUAUAGCUACAACCAAAAUUACAAAAUGAAAAAAUUUCAAGCUUACGACUAUGGUGUUAAAGAUAAUAUGAGAAAAUAUGGUCAAAAAACACCUCCUGUCUACGACCUAUCCAAAGUAACAGCCCCUGUUUCAAUAUGGUACGCCAAGAAUGACGAUAUAGUCAACUACAAGGACGUACAGUACCUUAAAAAACAAUUGCCAAAUGUUGCUACUUACGAAGAGGUGCAAAAUGAAAACUUCAACCACUUUGACUUCCUCUGGUCAUAUGAUGCAAAAGAACUCGUUUAUGAUUUUAUGAUUAUAGAUAUUGAUCUUAGGAAUACGCUUUCUAGGUUGAAAAUUUAA